GAGUCAGUAGCUGAGACGCUGGGAAUCCCGUCCAAUCGUGUUUCUUGUCACGUUAAGCGACUGGGCGGAGCCUUUGGAGGCAAGGUCACCAAAACCGCCAUUUUGGCCUCCAUCACUGCUGUUGCUGCAUGGAAGACUGGACGGCCAGUACGAUGUGUUUUGGAGAGAGGAGAGGACAUGUUAAUUACCGGAGGACGCCACCCGGUGUGGGGAAAAUAUAAGGUAGGCUUUAUGAAGAACGGGAGGAUAACAGCAGCUGAUUUCCAGUACUAUGCCAACGCUGGAAACGCAGCAGAUGAAUCCGUACUGGUGGCAGAGAAGAUCCUCCUGCAUCUUGAUAAUGCUUAUAACAUUCCUAACCUGCGUGGCCAAUCGGCGGCCUGCAAGACCAACCUGCCCUCCAACACUGCAUUCCGAGGGUUCGGUGUGCCGCAGUGCAUGCUGGUCGUUGAGAGUAUGAUCGAUGAUGUUGCACUCAAACUCGGCCGUCUGCCUGAAGAGAUCAGGGAGAUAAACAUGUACAAGGAAGUGUCCCUCACUCACUACAAGAUGGAGUUUGACCCAGAGAAUCUUGUCCGCUGUUGGAACGACUGUAUGGAAAAAGCUGACUUCAGGCAGCGCCGGCAGGCCAUCGAUCUUUUUAAUCAGCAGAACCAGUUCAAAAAGAGAGGAAUCGCCAUUGUGCCCAUCAAAUAUGGCAUUGGGUUUGCUGAGGGCUUCCUCAACCAGGCUGCCGCUCUCGUGCAUAUUUAUAAGGAUGGGUCUGUGCUAGUGAGCCACGGCGGGACGGAAAUGGGCCAAGGUGUACACACUAAAAUACAACAGGUGGCGAGUCGAGAGCUGAAUAUUCCUGCUUCUUUGAUCCACAUCUCUGAGACCAGCACACAAUGCGUCCCGAAUACCUGCCCAUCUGCUGCGUCCUUUGGUACCGACGCUAAUGGAAUGGCUGUGAAGGUAUCGAACACCAGAUUUUGAAACGCCAGAUCUGUCUGGACGACAUGAUUUGUUGAUCUUGAAGGAUUUAUUUCUUUUGUCUAUAGGAGGCAAAUUUGAAGAAAUCAUAAAAUGC